UUUCUCCUCUUACUCAACCUUGCCUUACGGAGUACACAAGUAGAGCUCACAACCAGCUUCAUUACUUCUAUGUACCCACCUAGUACUCAUCCCACUGCAAAUUACACAGGAGCUUCCAGUAUGGGAAACAAACGCAAGGCAUACGUCCUCGAAGAGCCUGACUCCUUCAGCUAUACCUUCAAUCACUAUCCAUCCUCCAGCCCGAUCACCGCGACAAACACAACCAACUCCCUCCCAUCACUAUCCUCAUCCCCCUUUUCCAGCACGAGCACAGCAACCAUCAUCACCCCACCUCCUCCCAUUACCACCACCACAAGAUCAUAUCCCCAACAUGCUCAAUCUUGGACAUGGAACGCAUCCGCCAUUCCCUACCUCAAUUCUCGAACGCGAAAACGUCACCGGGACAAUCGGCCAGAUGAGAACGAGAUUCACGACAACACCAUGAGGAAAUUAUAUGAUGCACAGAGACUGCAUCUUGAUGAGGCGAUGCCCAUGUCGGAGGUCCUUGCCAUGGACCUGGAUCAAGACCAACAUGAGGGAGAUGAAGACGAGGAUGCAAUGGACUUUGACCAUAGUUUGGAUUUCACGAGUAACUGGGGUGCGAGUCAUCACAUCGGCGGCCCGACUCCUCCUGCUCAGCAUAUGAAGCAAAGCACUUUGGAUGGAUUUUUUGGUCGGAAACAACAAAAUCCCCCGGCGGCCACUGCUCAGGCUCAGGCUCAAGCUCUGUCUCCAUCAUAUUCGUGUGAUCAAGCCCAGCGGCAGAUGUCACUUUCGGGGCCUAUGUACUGGCCGACUGCUGACAAAGGCGGAUGCUCGCCAUCGCCGCGGGGGUUCUCCAGCUUUGGACUGCACGACAAUAUAGUUACCAUGUGA